CCGCCCGGCUCCUCCUCCGCGCCGGGCCGGGCGGUGGCGGCCUUUCCCGGCAGCUCCUCGUAGGUCUCAGGAAGAGGAGCAGCAGGAGGAAGAAGCGCGGGGGCCGGGCGGCUCCUAGGGUGCAGCGGCGCCGCAACCCGCAUGGAGCCCAACGUGCGCUUCUGGAUCACCGAACGCCAAUCUUUUAUUCAAAGAUUUCUUCAGUGGACAGAAUUAUUGGAUCCUACAAAUUUGGUCGUUUCAAUUGAAAAAAUAGAAAAAUCAAGGCAGCUAUUGUUAGCACAUGAAGAUGCAUCCAGAAGUGACUUGGAGGACAAAACGGUACAAGAAGCUUGGAAGAGAAGUCUUUCAACAGUGCAUCCUGACAAUAGCAAGCUGAUCCCUGGUCCUUUUCGACCUGCAGCUCUCCUGCCUUUCACGGCGCCCAUGGUAUUUCUGUCAGUGCUGCCAGUAAAAAGUCUAAAGUCCAUGAUUUUACCUCAGGUUUCCUUCUAUACCUACAGUACAGUCUUCAACAUUGUCAAUGGAAAUGCAAGUUAUGAUCGUCGCCCCCAUGAGAGUAUAUUACUAGGAGCAGGAGUGAUUGCUUCUUCCACCUUUUUUGGAUUAUUCCCUCGUUUGCUCCAAGUAAGAUUUUCACUGAAUAGCGUUUUGAGCAGAAACGUCAUUCCUGUCAUCAUUCUCGCCCAACUCAGUGGACUGAAUGUGGUUGCAUCGAGAAGUUUGGAGCCCCUGCGAGGGAUUGAGGUCAUGGACAAGGAAGGCAGCGUCAUAGGCUAUUCCAGAAAAGCCGGGACAAAGGCCAUUAAAGACACGGCAACAUCCAGAGUUGUGCUGUUUGGGACCUCAGCUUUUAUCCCUGAAGUCUUCUCAUACUUUUUUAAAAGGACCCAGUUUUUCCUGCAGUGUCCAUGGUCACUGUGGACCCUAAAGCUUUCUUGUACUAUUCUUGUCAUGGGACUGAUGGUGCCAGUUUCUUUUAGUAUAUUCCCACAGAUUGGGCGGAUACAGUGCAGUGAGCUUGAAAAGGAAAUUCAAUCUGCAACAGAAGAAACAGAACUCUUCUAUAACAGAGGGGUGUAGGGGUGAGUUUUAGGUGAAUUUGUUUGGUACCUGCGUGAAAACCUUCCUCCAAGGUUUCAGUUUGGACAGCCCUGCCAGAAGUGUCCUGGAACCCCCAGAGGUGUCUGCGCCAACAGGAUGGCUUCCGAUUACACAUGCCAAGACUGUUUUGAGGCUGAUCGUGCCUAGGGUUAAACAAGCUUGGGUGGAAGGAGAGAAACGGGGGCUGUCCUGUCUAAGCCACCACACGGGGUUGCUGAGGGGAUGCACGUGUGAUAUAAGAUUCAGUUUUCUAUUCGUCAGCCUGUGAAAGGAUACUGUGAACUAAUAAACUUUUCUAAAGUUGAGUAUUGGAAAAC